UAAACUUGAAGAGCCAUUAUAAAAUUAUCAGGAUGGCGUCGGAAGGGAAAUGGGAGACUGUUCCAAUGAAAAAUAAACCUAACAGGGUUGAAAACCAGAAAUCUAAGAAGAACCAAACCAAAUCUUUCAUAGAAAAUAUGCCAAGAAUUGACCCAAACCAACCACUGAAAACUUCCAAGACAGCUUAUGAUGCUUUUAUUGAUAAACAGAAAGAUUCAAAUAAAACCACAACUACUUUAAACAACAAUCAAGUAGAAAAUAAGAAAAAUAGAGAAAAGAAAGAAAAACCAAAAACAUUUGAAGAAGCCAGUAAAAAGUUAGAAGUAAAUGAUAUAAAGUCAAUGGUAGAGAGAUCACAGGGAGUUAAAUCCACUAAUCCUGAUGCAUGGAUUAAAGAAUUAACACUGGUAUUCAACAAUCAUUUUAAACAUCUUCCACAGUCCAAUUUACUUCUCACAGACAAACCAAAGAAUUUUCCAGUAAGUGCCUUAACGAGAGAAUGCAGUGAUUAUUUAUUAUCUGUAUUAAAACAAGCCUCUACACAGACCCUAGAACAACUCUAUUUUCUUACAACACAGAGUAUGGUCAAUGAUUCUAAUAAAGUUUGUGUGUAUGGUUAUCAGAUAAUUCUACAGUUAUUGGCUAGAGAUAAUCCUGGAAUCAUAGUUCCACGACUUAAUCAGUAUUUAGAGAUUGUGUUUGCCAACAAGAAUAAACAGAAACAAUGUGAACUGGUUUUAUGGUCGUUAACUCAAUGUUCUUCACUCGAUAUGAAAGUUGGAUUAAAAGCAAUUGUUGUUGAUUUUCUACCGGCAAUGAGAGUCAAGAUGGCAGCUACAUAUUCUAUACAAUAUAUAGAAGAAUUCUUCAGACGAUUUAGUAAUUUAUCGGAAGGAUAUGGUGAGAUUUCGAUUAAAGAUUAUUUCCAGUCAUUAGAUUUGAUAUACAACAACAAAACCCAGAUAGAACCAGAACACCAAGAUAGAUUAAAUAUACAGUUAAACAAAAUCAAGGUUUUGGCAUAUGGAAGUGAUCCGAAAAGUAAUUUAAGAAACUUUUUCCCAUAUUAUCUCAGUCGUAUUGACAGUUUCGCACCAUCAGCUCAACAAAAUGAGUAUUUAUCAAGUAUUAUAACCUGUUUAAGCACAGAUAAACAAUGUUUUCCUGCUUGGUGUCAACUUUAUACCAAACAUUUAUUACAAUCCAGUGUUGUAUUACAGUAUAUAUUAGAAAAAUAUGAUACAGCGGCGAAAAAACUACCACGAAAAGUUUUACAACAAACAAUUCGAUCUUUCUCCCUCACUAAUGAGGAAUUAGCUCAUGGAAAGGGAAAGAGUAAAAAAGAAGGUUUAGAGAGGUGUAUUGAAGUUUGUAAGGCUCUACAAUUGAAGAUAAGCCAGAGUGGGUUUCCAUGGAAACUGUUGCUGUUUCUAAUGGUAACUGUUGGUGGGUGUGUCAUAGCUUAUGAUAUUAAUACUAGUUCAAGUCUAAAGGCAUCAAGAACGAUGGUCUUAUUAGAAGAUUAUGGCGUUUUAGCGGUGACCAAUCAGGCGUGUAAAAGAAUACAAGUAUUUACCAAACAGACACAAGCGUGGUUGAAUGUUAACGCUCCACUAUACAGAGAUAAUAUUGUACCCUAUGUAACUCUAGCGUGGAAUAAAAUAACUCAGAUGUUUAUCUAUAUUGGAGAUGUCACACGACCAUAUAUAUUGUUGUUAGGUGAUAAGCUAGCACAAGCUUUACAAUGGUUUAAUACACAGUACCCUAAUUUUUGGACACAGUGUAGUGAAUACAUGACAAUUGUCUGGACCUUUAUAAAACAUCAUAGUCUGUGUAUGUGGAACUGUAUAGUAAACUAUACUUUACUGUCCUAUGCCUGGCUGGAGAAAAACGUCCUCGUUGGUCAAUUUUCACCUGAAAAUAUUCAAAAGACAGCGAUUUGGAGUCUACAAGUGGCACGGAACUACACCAUGUCUGCUGUAGCAUGGUGCCAAAAAACUUUGGUAUCGGUCACGUCUUCCUAAAUAGCAAGGAUGGAUACAUCGUCUCAUUUUAUUAAAAUAAAAAUAAUCAGGUUUAAUUCUUGUCAACAGUUAAAUUAGUUUUAUCGUUAAUACUGAUCAACAGACCCCAAAUUCACAAAACAUUCUCAGACUUAAGUUCAGAAUUUACUUAGAAUUAUUCACCUGAUUUUAACUAAAAUAUAGGCCUUUAUAAAACGUUUGUAGUUUUAAUGUAUCAAAUACAUCAAUAAGAAACUACAUGAAAGUGCAAAGUCAUAUGUGUAGCUUCAGAUACAAAAUAUAAUUAGAAGUUAGGCGAUUAAGAUAUGAAACAUGUUAUAUUAUUUAGAACUUAGGCGAUUAAGAUAUGAAACAUUCUAUAAUGUUCAGAAGUUAGGCAAUUAAGAUAUGAAACAUUCUAUAAUGUUCAGAAGUUAGGCAAUUAAGAUAUGAAAUAUGUUAUAAUGUUCAGAAGUUAGGCGAUUAAGAUAUGAAAUAUGUUAUAAUGUUCAGAAGUUAAAAUAUUUUAUAAUAUUUAGAAGUUUGAUGAUUAAGAUAUGAAAUAUGUUAUAUUAUUUAGAACUUAGGCGAUUAAGAUAUGAAACAUGCUAUAAUGUUCAGAAGUUAGGCGAUUAAGAUAUGAAAUAUGUUAUAAUGUUCAGAAGUUAAAAUAUUUUAUAAUAUUUAGAAGUUUGAUGAUUAAGAUAUGAAAUAUGUUAUAAUGUUUAGAUGUUUGACUACACUAAGAUAUGAAAAUUUAAUAUAUUAUAAUAUUUAGAAGUUUGACUACUAAGAUAUGAAAUAUGUUAUAAUAUUUAGAAGUUAUGCGGCUAAGAUAUGAAUGAAAUACUUUAUAAUAUUAUUAUUAUGUGUGAAUUAUGCUCAUUGUUCAGAAGUUGACUGGAAAAGAAUUAAUUGUUUUGUUGAGAUAUUGAUAUGCAUGUGUACUCUAGAUCCAUUUUGGGGUGUGUGCCCUGAACAACUUUUUUGUCUAAAAAUUAGAGAACUAUUAUUUAACUGAUUAAAGAAUGUUUAUUAUUGAAUUGUUAGUCAAUUAAUUAAAUUAAUAUGCAGUAUAUUAUUGUAAAUAUUAUAUAAAUAGACUAGCAUUAUCAUCAAGAAUGUUAUUUUAUUUUUUAUUUUUACUCAUCUGAAGAAUAGACGUUUGACAAUAAUCAAAAACACACUUUUAUGGAAUAACAAUUACCAUGUUUUAUUUCACUGCCACGUUUCAACAAGGUUUCACAAGUCGUUAUCAAGCAUAUACACAAAUAGAUAAGUGAAACCUUGUUGAAACGUCGCAGUGAAAUAAACCAUAGUAAUUGUUAUCCAUAAAAGUGUGUUUUUGAUUAUGUUCCAAUUACUAAAUGCCAUUCAAUGAAUAGACGUGUGACAACAAUGUUGUGGUGGUGGUCGUCGUAAAUAUAUCCAUGUUCUUAAAUUGUUCAUGGAUGUGUAUUUCAUAUUUAUUUCAAAUUGUACAAAUUAAUUAUAUAUAUUUCAUUCAUAAUUCUUGGAAACUCUUUGGGGGGCCACAGUGACUCAGUGAGUAAGGUGUUGGCUCAUAGAUCAGGGGGUCCUGUGUUUGAUCCUGAUGGGGGAGGGGUUAACAUGUGCACGCUGUAACAGAAGCACUGUCAUUGAGUCAACUGGCUUGGUUUUGAUUCCCCAAUUGUCUGUUAUGUUAGUCUCGAAAGACUACACAAUCCCGAUGAAAUUUGUAAAAAGUACAUAAAUGAUGGCUGUCAUUAAUAUACUUUAAAAUAUUGACAUGAUAACAGUAUCUUGUCAUGUAUAAAAUUGUUGUUAAUGAAAUGUUUUGAGAUAAAUUUUAACUUUAGAAUGUUCCUUUUCUUUCUUUCAUGGCCAGAUAGUAAUUGAUGAAACAAUUAUUUAUUUUAUUUUAAAAAAAAAAUGAAUCAGCUACUUCAAAUUAACCCUUUCAGAGCCAUGUACCAAUUUGGGCCGAACAAGCUCCUUUUGAAAAUCGGCCCAUGGCACUGAAAGUGUUAAAUCGUGGCACCUGUUCCAAAGCUUUCUUCUGAUGUCCAUACUCCGUGACCUUUUUUUUAUCCGCCAAAAAACAAAAUGUUGUUUCACCAAAGACAAACCUGGGACUUUGUUUCACAAAUACUCAAAGUAUGAUAUUUUAAUAAUGCCUGACUUUCAUUGGCGGAGUACUAAAAUCUUGACCCAAUGAAAAUUCAGCUUUGUUUAAUUUUAGCAUGUCUUGUCCAUAAUAAAUUCAAAGUGCUACAUUAAUCAUAGUUUUGAUUAUAGAUAAAAUUCAGUGCAGGUUAAAGACGUUUAUACUAGACAUACAAGUGCUUAUCUAUGAAACUUUCACUGGACCGCCAUCUUCAAUAAUAAUGUGGGGGUGGAUGGCCGAAUGGUUAGAGCAUGUGCACUGUAUCAUAAGGUCUGUCAUUGAGCCAACUGGCGUGGUUUUCAUAUCCCGGUUGUAUGUGACAAAGAAUAGGGUCGCCUAUCCAACCUUGUGGGUUUUCUCUGUAUCAGAAGGUCUGUCAUUGAGUCAACUGGUGUUGUUUCAAUAUCCCGGUUGUAUGUGACAAAGAAAAGGGUCGCCUAUUCAACCUUGUGGCUUUUCUCUGGGUUCUCCCCUGCUGUGUUAGUCCUGAAAUGACCUAGUUUGUGUCGAGUGGAGGUUAAACUCCAUUUCUGUCUCUCUGUCAAUAAUAAUGUAAUAUUAGCAAAGGCACCCAUACCAUUACAGAGCCGUAAUACCAACAUCAAAGGAUGAAGUCACAUCUGUAUUUUAAACAUCUUUAGAAGUCUCAAUCUGUUAUUAAUUUAUUUAUUUUAGAAAAGAUCCCAGAUUUGUGAGAAUGAUGUUAUGUUAAUUAUGUAAAUAUUGAUUAAGAAUGUAAAAAAAAAAUUCAUCGAAAUAAAUAUUAUUAUAAAUGA